ACGCAACGGACCGAGCAACAGACACGAGGAGAGACGAUCAACUUGCCUCGAGUUGUGCUUGAUUUUGCGCGCGUUGCUCCCCAGAAGCACACCGCGCUUUUCUGCUGAUCUGUCACGAGAUCUCCCGCCGUAGGCAGACAAGGGGCGUUGAGAGAGCACUCCCGUCGGCUGGAAAUCUGUAUUCGGGGGGGUACAGAGCUCUUCCGAACACAGCGAAAGGGGUGAUAGGGAAGAAGGCCUGAAGUAUGUCUGGGGAGGGCGAUGAAGCGGAAAGACUCCAGGUGCUGGAGCAGUACCGAAAAAAGGUGAGGGAGCACCGCGAGAUGGAGACGCGUGUAAAGACCCUUAGAACGGAGACUAGGGACCUCGUGAAGGAGUACAACAAGACGGAGGACGACCUCAAGGCACUCCAGAGCGUGGGACAAAUUAUCGGCGAUGUGUUGAAGCAGCUCGAUGACGACCGGUUCAUCGUCAAGGCGUCCAGCGGGCCGCGGUACGUCGUGGGUUGCCGCAGCAAGCUCGACAAGGCCGCGCUCAAGCCCAGCACCCGCGUCUCUCUCGACAUGACCACGCUCACCAUCAUGCGGAAGCUGCCACGAGAGGUGGACCCCACCGUGUUCCACAUGCUCAACGAAGACCCCGGGGGGAUCAGCUUCAGCGAGAUCGGAGGCCUGGGAGAGCAGAUCCGAGAGCUGCGAGAGGUAAUCGAGCUGCCCCUCACCAACCCCGAGCUCUUCAUCCGCGUUGGGAUCAAGCCUCCCAAGGGAGUGCUGUUGUAUGGACCUCCCGGGACGGGCAAGACUCUGCUAGCGAGGGCGCUGGCGUCCAACAUCAACGCGACCUUCCUCAAGGUGGUGGCCUCGGCGAUCGUGGACAAGUAUAUCGGGGAGAGUGCCCGCGUGGUUCGCGAGAUGUUCGGGUACGCAAAGGACCAUCAACCGUGCGUGAUUUUCAUGGACGAGAUCGAUGCCAUCGGGGGGAGCCGUUUCUCGGAGGGGACAUCGGCUGAUAGGGAGAUCCAGCGCACGCUGAUGGAGCUGCUGAAUCAGCUGGACGGUUUCGAGGACCUUGGGCAGGUCAAGAUGGUCAUGGCCACCAACCGGCCAGAUAUCCUCGACCCUGCUCUCCUGCGCCCCGGCCGGUUGGACCGCAAGAUCGAGAUCCCCCUCCCGAACGAGACCUCGAGGCUGGACAUCAUCAAGAUCCACUCGGCGUCCAUCACGAAGCGAGGAGAGAUAGACUUCGAGUCGGUAGUGAAGCUUGCCGACGGGUUCAACGGUGCGGAUCUCCGGAACGUGGGCACUGAGGCCGGGCUGUUCGCGAUUAGGGCCGACCGAGACUACGUGCUAGAGGAGGACUUCAUGAAGGCGGUGCGGAAGAUCGCGGAAAACAAGAAGCUCGAGGGCAAGGUGGACUACGCUAAGGUGUAA